AUGGGAGUCUUCUCUUUUACAAGCACAGUAUUUUGUACAGAAUUUACCAUGGCUACAUCAUCUGACCCCCCUCAGUCUGCUGGUGAAGAGCAGGAUAUCCCUCAGACCCAGGCGUCAACCACAACAAGUCCAAACUCAGCAUCCACGGCAACAGCUCCCUCAUACUCCCCAAUCUACGCAACAGCUCAACCGCCUGAAAUGACCGCGCUUCCUACAGCACCAGACCUUCCUACAGGCCCAACGCCAACAACCGCACCUCCACUAGCAUCAUCCUCAUCACCACCGCCGCCGCAACCAGGCGCUGUCCCAGAUACAGCUACAGGCUUGGCGGAACCUACACCCCAACAGCAGCAGGAGCCAGACUCGCCUCCAUACCCCGAGCCAGCACCAGCGCCCAAGGCUGCUCUUGCACCUACGCCUGCUGCAGUCUUGCCAGAGUCGCAGGAAGGACAUCUAGCUCCGGCGCCCCCAAUGGGGGUUCCGCCUAUUAUCACUGCUGCGCCUGCGUAUCCUCCCGUUCCAAUAUCUACUUCUACUUCUUCUGCAACGACAGCUGCUGGUGGUGAUGCAGCUCAACAUCCUCAGACAGCCGCUCCUCCUCCCCCUCCUUCUGCGCCUGCUCCUGCGCCUAGCAGCAGCUACAAUCCCAGCGGCGGUUACGGCUACCCGUCAAGCUACAGCUACUCUCCCUCUGCCACGGCAUCGCAACAGCCACAAUAUCCGAACUCAACAACGACGCCCUAUGCUUCAGUGUAUUCACCUGCAUCGGGUUCGACACCGAGUACAUUGCCGAUUCACUAUAACGCCAGUCCUGGCGGCUACGAUGGCGCGAAUGACAAGGAAUCCGAAUCUGAAGCUGGGCUGUGGGGAAGUGCAAAGUCGUGGCUCCAGACGGCGGGGAAUAAGCUUGCGGAGGUGGAGGCGGAGGUCUGGAAGAGGAUUAAUGAUGCGCAUGAUAAGUGA